GUGGAAAAACUGAGUUUAAAUGUAUUUGGCUAAGGUGUAUGUAAACUUCCGACUUCAACUGUAUGCUAUGCAGGCAGUUAGCAUGUCAUGCUAAUGAAUAGCCACACUGGCAUCUUGGUAACAGCUUGUGCGACUUAACAAGUUAGACAUUAUAAUCUAUCAGCAAUUGCUGAGCAAUUGUCGUGUCACAAGGCCAUUUGUCUCAGGCUGACUGAUAAUCAUCCAAAUGAUCCCAAGACCACUGGAGCAACACAGAAGGACUCAUUUGGUAUCAAUACCAAGCCACAUACACAGUAGAAAUGAGCCCCUUGCUCUCUAAGACUGUGCUUCAAUGAAUCCUUGGUGAUAUGGUGGCAGAGCAUUACAUUAUAUUACAUUAGGAACCACAGCUCAUCCUAAUCAACAGAGACAGGCGGUUGUUUGCUCUGUAGCUCCGCUAUAAUAGAGACCACAUAUGACUAUAGGCUAACAUCAUCAGUGACUGUAAUGAAUGAGCCUACCUACAUAUGAAGAUGUGCUAACAUCAUUAGCGACUGUAAUGAGCCUAUUAUAUACCUGUUAUGUCUCAUCUCUCUCUCUUCCAGAAAAAGACAAAGUACUCAGCAACUCGCAGGUUACUGCUGAAGCAAAAACUGCUGAAGAAAGCUGGGGUCUUGCUGGUCCAGGAGCAAAGCAACAAGGUGACGGAGAGGGAAAGCACCUUGAGCGAGAGAGUACCACCGCUGAAACUCUCCGGCCUAUCUGUGCAAGAGCUUCAGGAGCUCUGUAAGGAACUGCACAGGAAAUGUGACACAGUGGAUGAGGCACGAUAUGAUAUCGAAGCAAAAGUGCUCAAGAAUGAGAAAGAGCUCGUGGACCUGAAUGCAAAGAUCAACGAGCUGAAAGGGGGGAAGAGACCUAACCUCAAGAGGGUCAAGAAGUCUGCCGACGCUAUGCUGGGGGCUCUGACUGAGGCCAAACUCAGCUCCAAGGCGGACUUCAAGUCCAACCUGAAGACAGUCAAGAAGGACAAGAAGGAAGAGGAGAAAGCGGACCCAGGUGACUGGCGGAAGAAUGUGGAGUCCAUGUCUGGAAUGGAGGGCAGAAAGAAGCUUUUCAAUAGCUAAAACAGUUACAAAUGCACUGGCUCUGUAGAGAUCUGUGGCUGCAUUACCUGAUUGUUUACUAAUUCUUAUUUUGGAUUUCUGAAAAAUAUAUUUUUUUUUGCAGUGAGAUUGUGUUUUUGGGGAAAGUAUGAAGUGUGAGGUAUUUUACACUAAAGACUGAGGGAACUAAUCAAUAUUUUUAUUAAAAACUAUUUAGUGUGGGCUACAUGAUUUUGAUUCCUAUCAAGAGAAAAUAGUCAAAUGUGGAACAACCUAAUAAUACUCAUCAUAUUAGUUCAUUUUGUAAAUAUUCAAUUCCAGUUUGUUAUUAAAACACCAAUUAUUCUGUUUUGGUUUAUCUGCCAAUAUUUAUGAUUUUUUUUUAAAUAUGAUGAAGUUGGUUCUCUUUCAUGUUGUUUACUUUUGCCAUAAUGCAAUAUGAAAAUCUUAAAAACACAGAGUGUAGAUGCUGUUAUUUACAUGGAUAAGCCACUCAAUGUGUAGUGUUGGAUUUUCAAGAGCAGUUCUCCUUUCAGGCUGUGGGUGACACUAUAGACAAGCUAUUGUACCAUUUAACCAAGGUUGCCAUUUUCACCUCUGUCACUUCAGUUCAAUCCUAUCACCACUAGGGUGUGUUAUAGCAUUACCCUUUAAUUUAAAAGUUGACCUUUUGGGUGGUUUGUGCUUACAAAUGACACCUGGGGGUAUCAUUCACUACCACUGAUCUUUGGUUAUCAAUGGCAAAGUCAGUAAUCAUCUUGAUGAUCACAAUCUCCCCUGGGCCAGAGACGUUUGAAUAGUCGUGUAGUUCCAGUGAAUUAUACCAAUAAAGAGAACGAAACUGGUUGAAUUCAGCAGACAUAAACAUAAGCGCUUUCUAAAAUGGGUACCAUACUGCGACCAAUACGCUGCUACAAAUGGCCUAUUAAACCAGUCAUAAGAGUGUCUUAAGUCCAUAAUACUGUAUUGGAGAGGGGGAGGCAAUGUUUUGGCAGAGAACGAGCUGUCUAGAGGAAGGGAAACGCAGUAUGGAACAACGCAUCCUCUCUGCAGAUCAUACAGAUGGUGCAGAGACACACAUAGGUGUGUAACCUGCCAUCGGGCCACAAAGGGUGGGGGAAGUCAAGCAGCACGCUUCUGCAAAUAUGCAUUCAUUUUUAUAUGGCAGUGAUGUGUUAUAGUUUUUUUUCUGUGAUAAAGGACAGCUACUGUCCCUAACCCUUUCCACAGCUCUCUUUGGCAUGAGACACAUUUGCCUGUGCUGGUAGGAAAAUGGUCAAGGCAAAUGUGAUGGGAGUAAACAUUUACAAUGUCUGAACAGGGGCUCUAAAACUAUAAACUCUAUCCAUUUUGUUUCUAUUUACUGUACAAUGUGAUGCUUUGGGUUGCUGAUACUCCUCUAAUAAAGUUGUUUUUACGUUU